UAGUACAAAGCUAGGUUGUCAUACACGUACACUUGGGAGUGCCUUGUUCCUUGAGAUAAUAUAUAUAUGGAGAAGCAUUAUUAAUUAGCCCCCGCAAUAAAACAACAUGUAUAACAUGUUUGGAUGGAGACCUCGGAAAACAAAACUUCCUAAUGCUUUGUCUAUUGUAGAACUUAAGGUGCAUAUGGAUUGCCAAGGAUGUGAAGAGAGAAUUAGAAGGGCAAUCUCCAAAUUGAAUGGAAUUGAUAGGUUGGAUAUAGACAUGGAUAAGCAGAAGGUAACAGUAACUGGAUAUGUGGAGAAAGGGAAGGUAUUAAGGGUUGUGAGAAGAACAGGAAGAAAGGCAGAAUAUUGGCCAUUCCCUUAUGACAGUGAAUACUACCCUUAUGCCUCAGAAUACUUGGAUGAGUCCACUUUUGCUUCUUCCUAUAACUACUACAGGCAUGGUUACAAUGAGAGUGUUUAUGGCUAUUUUCCUGAUCAACCAUACUGUACUGUCCAGGAUGAAACAGUGUUUCUCUUCAGUGAUGACAACGUUCAUGCACCCUGCACCAUCAUGUGAAUAAUUAUGAUUCAAUGAUGAGCUGGCAUAUAUAUUUAGUCAUGGUUUAUAAAGUUGUGUGUGUGAAAGUUCUGUAGCAAAAGAAAAUAAAAAUUGCAUUUGAAUAAUUACAAUGUCUUUUGAAAAUUAGCAAAAUAUUGUCUUUGUUAUUUGGUGAAUAAAAAGCAAGCUUUAUGAGCCAAAAGUGUUUGAUCUUUGCUAUAACAUAGAUUUAGACU